GUAACGCAAUCCCAAUACCCCAAUUGAGACCGCCCUUCUCCUACAGUUGCUCGGAUUUCCCUUCCAAGAAAUCCAAAGCCAGUCUCUAUUUCGUUCUGGGUUUGGGUUGUUUCUCCCUCCUGACCAACGACGCUAUUUCUCCCAGUAAGAGCCACAAGAGCUCCGGCCUCGUUGCCGUUGCUCCAGUAACGAUAGCAGAAACAGCAGUUCCUCUUUGGAAUGAGAUUGAAACCGCCGUUUCUCUGAGAUUGAACAAGUUCCAACCUGAAGAUGUAAUUGACAAGGAAGACUUUCUAGAUGCUGGAAAGUUGAAAAUGGCUAUUGCAGAAGCUACAUCAAAAGACACUGUUGCUGGAAUCAUGUCUCACUUGAAGAAUGCAAUUGAAGAAGAGCAACCUUGAUGCUUUAAGGUUGUCUAGGUACACAUGAGGCAGACUGGAAAGUGUCCAUCAUUGGUCUCUAAACCGUUGUCGCUAUAUAUGUUGGUAGGAUGGUGGGUGCGCUACUCAGAUAAUCCCUUCGGUAGAUUAGUGCAGAUAACUCCUGGAGUGGGCAGAUUUGUUGGCAGGAGUUACAGUCCAAGAUAAGGCAGUUGGUAUAUGCAGCUCUGGGAACUCCAUUAUUUGAAAUUUUUGUGGUCAAAGACACUGAUGAGACAUAUAUCAUGCAGGUUUCCAGAAACAUGUGUGAAAUUGUCAAGGUUGCUGCUAGUCCAGCGCAGCAGAUUAUCUGAGUAUACAACUUUUAGUCGGACCACCACUUCCAGAGGAGAUUUAGAUCCUUUUUCUGGCCUGUAUGUUGGCAUAUUUGGUCCUUAAUUAUGGCACUGAGGUGGUACAAUUGCGGCGUAAGUGUGGUGACUGGAAUGCUGGGGAUGUUUCGCACUAAAAUUAGGAGAGGAAAUUGCUUGGCCAGCCGUGCUGUACCCAAAUGAAUUAGGAGUGGUAUAUCCUGGUGAGAUCUAUAGGCGGUGUUGUUGAAAGUAUUGUCUUUGUGGGCAAAAAGCAAAGUCCAUUAUUUUUUCUUAAAGGCUUCCUGUGAUUGCUCUUCUAGAGCGAGAGUACUUUUUCACUAUUCUCGUGGCCGCUGACACAAUUAUUGGAAGGUAGUCCUAAGAAAACUAUUCCACAGAUCUGUUUUUGUACAAGUAGAUCAAUGAUUUGUCCAAAAACCCUACUUUUUUUUUCAUUGUCUGUUGGUGAAGUUUCAUAAUUUUCUUACUUUCAUAGGAUACUGCAAUUCAUAUGAGGAUGUGUAACUAUAUAGUCUCAUCUCUAGAAAAUUAAAAAAUAAAUAAGCAUAAUAAUUGUUUGUAGUACUAAGGAUCAUGAUUCUCUAAAAUUCUAGAAGCCUUUUAAAUUAAGCAAAUCUUAAGUAGUACUUCCUACUAAAAUGAUUAACCAUCAUCAUUUUUUAAUUAAUAAAGUAAUUUUUAAUAUAUUGGUUUAUUUUUUUAUUUUUUAAAAAUAUUUAAAUAUAUUAAAAAAUCAAAAAUUAAAAAAUAUAUAUAAUUAUGCUAAGCGGCACACCAGCUUUCAUUGCUAGUCGGCAGCUCUGAGAAUAUAAUUUUAAAUUUCUUAUAAAUAAAAUAUUACUCGAAACUUUUACGAGCACAACAUUUAAAUAUCGUAAGAAAAAAUCUAUUUAUGACUAUGUGGCGGCACUCCAUUGGUUCACUUGGUUAUAAGUUUUGCAUCUUUAAUUGACACGUGGACUGAGGUCCACACGGAAAACGGAAAAAUGGUCCCUAGGCAGUGCAUAAAAGUUUGUUACAUCUUCUUUUUCCGAGUCCCCAAACUGAGUUUCUUUCUGUGCGCUUGAAAACCCGGGAAAGCGAAAGAAAAUAAAAAUGGAAGCUUAUAGCCAGAGCCCGCAGCAGCAAUACAAAGCAGCCAUGAAGAAGUCAUCUUCUAGGAACUCCGAUUCAUCUUCGAGGAACAUGGAAUCGCCCCACUCGCCACUCCGCUUCCACUCACCACAACUAUCCGAGCUUGGUGACCUGCCGGAGACCCCUCCCUACGUGUCACCGGAGAACUUCCCGGAUAAACCGCCGGACAAAUCCAAGGCGAUGGUUUCCUUGGACAGGUUGACGCAGUACUCGCCGCAACCGUCGCCCUUGGGCCGCCAGAAACAGCCGGAGAACGAGGGAAAAUACAGAAGUGCGCAGGCGGCGGAUUCUCCGUCUCCAGUGAUGGUGUUCAACCGAGCGAUGAGGGAGGAACCAACUCUGUCGGUGUCGAAGGUCGGACCGGGCGGUGGGGGGCAUGAUAGGAGAUUGGGGACGGUAGCUUCGAUACCCACGUCAAAGAGGGACGAGAUAGAGAAUAGGGCUGCGCUAGUGUUUCGGGUGAGCGAGAUUGUGCUCUGCUUGAUUUCCUUUUCAGUUAUGGCCGCCGAUAAAACCCAGGGUUGGAGUGGCGACUCCUUUGACCGCUACAAGGAAUACAGGUAUUGCUUAUCUGUGAAUGUCAUUGCAUUUGUAUAUUCCGGGUUUCAAGCAUCUGAUUUAACCUACCAUAUGUUCACUGGGAAACAUGCAAUCCGCCACCACUUACGCCGCCACUUUGAUUUCUUCAUGGAUCAGAUACUGGCAUAUCUUCUCAUAUCAUCAUCCUCGUCGGCAGCCACCCGGGUUGAUGAUUGGCAAUCAAACUGGGGUAAAGACAAAUUCACAGAGAUGGCUAGCGCGUCUGUCGGGAUGGCCUUCCUGGCUUUUGUUGCCUUUGCCUUUAGUUCCCUCAUAUCUGGUUACAGCCUUUGCACCCGUCAAUUUACAUGAUCUUGGAACCAUUCUCAUGUUUCUUAAUUUCAUCUCUAUGUUGUGGAUGAUUGAAGAGUACAUUUUCAUGUUGUACAGAGAGAUAGAUUCAAUAAAAAUAAAUAAAUUCUUAGUCGGAUAAA